UCUCAGACUUAGAGUCACCAGCUGAGGUAACAAGAACAACGUUCCGACUGUAAGAUUAAAAGGCGUAAUCGUUGUAAUCCUUUCAACGGGUUCUUUGGUGUAAAUUGUCGGUUUCAUGUUUGGCCGUUUUCCUCGGUGACCUCCACCAUGAAACCCCCGGUGUUUUCCUAAUUUUUAAUCAGUCCCUUUACCAAUAAAUUGAUAUGCUUUUGAAUUACGCUUACGAAUUUAUUCACGAAACGAUUCCAGAAUAUUUCCAGGCGGUGACGGGACAAUUUCGAACCGAGAAUCUCUAUUUUGUGUACGAGUUCUUCAGCACUCUAACUCCGGCUGUCGUCAACUUCGUCUCGCAGAACAGCAACUACAAGUUCCAGUUCGACGACCUGCAGAUAUUCCUCGUAGGGAUUUUUUCUACGGUCCUUCUCGUCAACUCCGUCGCAAUUUACUUCUACUGGAGGUGGUACGGGGCGAGGGUCGUCAAGAAAUGUAAAAAAGCCGAUACAAGGAAACUGAUAGAAGAAUUGAAAAAAAGUGUCGACCUCUUAAAGUUACCUAAAAUACAUUCACCAAGGAUCUAAUAUGGCUGACAAGCUUCGUAAUCUGUUUUCAAAAAAGAAGGACGGCAAGUUCAAGGGUCGCGGCCAACGCCUGAACGAUGCCGAUUCUCCUCCCGAACCUAGCCCUCAGAAAGUUGUAGAACCCAUACCCCGUGAAAUGAUGACAGAAGGACAGCGACAAGCUGGCCUCGCUGCACUCGCCAGAUUGGCCAACACACCUGGAGGAUCGGCUAGGAGUGCUUUUGCUUACCAGCACGGCAAAAUGGAAGCCGAUCUUGGGACAGGAGCAAUUGUGGAUGAUAAAUUACCUGAAUUGCUGGCAGUACUGGGUGUUUAUUACAGAUGUCCUUUUAUCGGUCCAGAAGUUUUGUCAAAAGCAGAGUGGAAAGAAAAGAUAAAGAGCUAUCUGGAAGAACAACUAAAAGUGGAUCAAGCACUUGCAUCUUGUCUAAUGAUACACACUCUCAAUAAAAACCGGGAGAAAGUGUCUGAGUGCAUUGAAAUUCUGUGCACUUACCUGAACAACAUUUUAUCACAUCCUGAUGAGGAGAAAUACAGAAAGAUUCGAAAGUCGAAUAGAAAUUUUUCAGAGAAGGUUAUGAAAAUUGAGGGAGCUUUGGAAUUUCUUUUAUCAGCAGGUUUUAAGUCAUGCUCCAUCCAGAGUGAAGAUACAACUGAGGAAUAUUUAUUAUUUGAAAAUGAAAUUGAUGCUUCACAUUUUGAGUUUUUAAUGGACUCAUUGAGAUCAGCAGAACCAAUCCGUCUAGAGCUUGACAGAAACCCGCAAGUCCUUUUAGCGAAUCAAGCUUCAAAAAUGUUAGAUUUGCCGAGUGAGUUUUACCGUCUAACAGUUGAAGAACUAAAACGUGAACAACGUCAAAGGACUGAAUCAUUGGAAGCUGCUUCUCAGUUACGAACAAAGGCAAUGCGUGAGAAAGCUGAGCAGAAAGAACUGAGAAGAUAUCAAUACACCCUUAUACGCAUCAGGUUCCCAGAUGGUUUAUUUUUACAGGGUACAUUUAACGUCUAUGAACAUUUCAUCGAAGUCAGAAAAUAUGUGUCAGAUUGCCUCGAAGUCCAAGUGCCAUUCGAUUUAAUGACCGCUUUGGGAAAAUUGCUGACUGACAGCGAUGAUGAAACAAGCCUCCUCGAUUUGAAACUUGUCCCUGCAGUACUCCUUACCAUCAACAUCAAAUCGUCAGAAUUGUCCGGAGAAAAGUCAUUCAUUAAAUCCGAACUUUUAUCAAAAAUGGAAACAAUAUAAAAAAAAUUCUUCAAUUAUUUCAAUUAUUCUCGUUAAGUUUGAAUGCAAUUUUUUUCUGGUCAUAUUUAUAAUACGCAUUACUUGUGAGUUGAUCAAGUUGCAUGUUGUAAUGGUUAAAAAAAUACAACUACUGUGAAAAUUUUUAUAAUAAUGCAUAGAAUUUUUAUUGAAAAAAAAAGUUUGUCAGCAAUGUCACAAUUGAAUGGCGACAGAGAGUUCACUACUGCCCGGCAAUUUUGAAAAUUUAUUUUAUAUUCUGAAUUUUGCUUUUGUUUUAAGAUUGAAAAAUUACACAAGGAUAUAAACACCAAAGUUUUUCUCUCAGCCUCUGGUUUUUAAAUGUGUAUCAUUAAGUAACUUUAAUUUUUUCUCAAAAUGUUUAGAUUUGUUGUUAAAAAAAAUUGACUAAGCAUGAAUCUUGUUCCUCCAGGACUUUGUAAUACAUUGGAUAAAGGGUUUGCCAAGAUCCAUUGAAAAUGUACCCCUAUGUCAUGAAACAAUUUGCUUUUGGCAGUAGUAAGCAGCUGGCCUAAAGUUUCGAUCACUACUUCACCAAUUACUUAUAAUAAAAUUUAUUCUUGUUAUUGUAUCUAUGCAUCUUUCUCAUGCGGAAAUUGUAAAUCCAAAUUAAAAAUUACAAUAAAAAGUUGUAUUAAAAAAUAUUGCAAAUA